AUGUCUUGUCAAGUGUGCAAAGAGAACCCGUUCAAUUGUUCGCUCAAAUGUUACAAGUCAGAAACCCAUAAAGACCCCGAAACCUUGAAACAGUCAGUACCUGCCAAAGAGCUCCCUACAGUUGAUGAUCCGCAGCUACGAGUGCUCCUGGAAUCCCCAAAGUUCGUGCAAUACCUUAAGGAGCCUGUGGUUCAACUAAAUAUUAGAAUUAUCCUCGAAAUCCUAAACAACGUCUCCGUCUCGCAGGAGUCCGCCAAAAGUCACACAGCUGACCCGUUUGGCUGGGAACUUCCAUUGGUGCAACAAUUUACCCGUGCUAUCGUACUUCAGGACACUGUGGCCUCCCCACGUGGCAAUAUACAGAUUCCCCUCGGAAUCCAAACACGAUCCAUCCGGAACAACCUCACCGUCAAUGCCCAACGCCUGCUUGAUGUUAUCAACAGAAACAAACAUGGUUUCUGUGCUCAUGUCCGGCAAUCCUGUGACAGAAUCAAACUUGUACUUGUACACUCCGUGAGCAGAGUCGGUCCAGUACAUGAUGUCGUCUUUCCAGUUGAGUCCGUUCGGACAAGUGACUUGUUCCUUGAUGAUGGUUGGGUGUUCCCAGUCGUCUUUGGAGAACUUGUAGAACGUUGCGGUGUUUGGUUCCUCCUUAGCGAAAUCGCAGAACGAGCCGAUCCAGAAAUUGCCGUCCUUGUCAAUAGAACCCUCGUUGGAUCUCAAGGCAAUUGGUUGUUCGAAAUGCUGUUUAGAGGGAUACUUGGCCAUAAACUUCAAUUGCCUGGUCUUGAGGUUAUACUGGGCAAUUCCAUCCUUCACACCACAAACAUAAAUGUCUGGAUCGGACGUAAACCCUAUAACCCCCACGCUUGUGCCCAAGUUGUACGACUCCAAUUCUUGUGGGUUAUCCAAAAAAACACGAUAGAUGGUUCCCGCAAUAAUAUCCACCCAAUUGACCGAGUUAUUGUCUGGGUUGGACUUGGAGACGACAAAUUCCUGUUUAAGCGCCAGAAACAACAACAAUUCCCGCCAGAUAAGCAAAUAACAGUGCCCGAUCCGUUGUCCUCUGAAAACCCUCUGCAUACACUUUUAGACUCACCGACGGUUAUCCAACGAUCGAUUCCCACAGUCCAGGUGGCUUCUGGUUUGGAGCUCGCACAUGUGUUCAAAGACCAUUCGAUCGAUGCGGAUUAUUGGAAUAACAACGAAAAGUCUCAGGCGUACAACUUCAAGUUUGUUGGCUCAACGUAUAACCUGCCACAUUUGUCUCGUCCGUCCUCCGAAACGGGCCAUCCACUUUCGGUGGACGAACAUGCUUCCAACUCGCCGAUUUCGCCGUUCAACUCCGACUCAAAGUACUACAGAUCGAUCCUCCCGUUGGAAUGGAUCCAGAAAUAUACGCAUCUUCUUCCGUCGGUGUUUAUCUCCGUGCACGAACUGGACGCCGAGUCGGACGCCAAUGACAAGCAAUUGGCCCAGGAAUUGAACGAUAUCCGCGAGAAAGUGGCGUUACAUGGGGUCAAAUUCCUGUGUCUACUGCUGUGCUCUUCUCCGUUGACUCCAGAAGUGGAAGAAAGAGUAGCCAUGCUCCGCAAGACCACACGUCUUCCGUCACGAACUGGAAUGCUUGUUCUCCCCGCGGGAACGCAAAAAGACCUCGAGUCGUUCGCCACGGUCGUCAUGGUGCUGAUAAAGCCGUGGACUGCAGAUUUCUACUCGGCCAUAGAACGAAAGAUCAAGAAACGCCAGCUCCUGGACCCGAAAUACGACGAAAAAUUGUGGCUAGCGCGUCAGGCACUCAAGUCGGCCGUCAUUGGCGAGUUCAAAGGAGUUACGGAACAAACAACCAAGCUGUUGGAGUAUUCGUACGAGAAAGUCAUGGACGUGAUUCGGUCACUGGACGCCAAAGUCGACCGCGACCGCUGGAACGAGUGUCGGUUGCUCCUUGAUUUCAUUGGACUGCAUGUCACGCGCGCGUAUCUUUUCUUUGAGAACCCAAACCUCGCCUACAAGAAGUUCGACAUCCAUAUCCAGAACGUUCUUUCUGUUCUGCCCAAGAAAUCCAUCAAGACAUAUCCCGUUGUUGGAUGGCUGUGUUUACAGUUGACGUGGCUGGUACAGCUUGUGGAGCGGUGUCCGGACUCAACUAUUGUGUUUGACUUGCCCUUGCAGCCGCUGGCCUCGUCGAAAUGGUUCGGUGGACCCUCAGACGGUCUUUUAAUGCCUCAUGGUGGAUAUCUUUAUUUGCAGGCUUUUUCGCUGCUGCAACGACGGCAAUUACAGGCCGAAUCGAACCCAGAGGUCGACGAGACGUACAUGACCUUGUCGCCCGAGGAGGAGGCCCGCUUCGACUACCAUGGUACCAGUAUCAAACUGCUCACCGGGGCAUUGGACAUGUUUGCACGGUCGAAAAAGACAAAAUUCAACAGAUGCGAGUCGUACGUGUACUACCAGCUUGGUGAAGAGCAUUUCCAGCUUGGCAACUACGCAAUGGCCGUCAACAACUUCCUGGUUGCACUUUCUGUGUUCAAAAACGAGAAAUGGAGCAAGAUCGUUGCUCUUAUUCUGCACAGACUGUACGAGUGCUGUCUCAAGCAGGAAAACCACAAGGACGCUCAGACAUACUAUCUUCAGCUGUGUUGUUUGGAGGACAAGAUUGUGGGCAAAUUCAAAAACGAUAUUGGUACUGGUUUCGAGGCCCAGGAGCUUGUUGUGCUCAAAGAAACUUUAUUCCAGAACCAACUGCUGUUUGACAAGCCGGCCAUCUCGCUGCACGACAAGAUCAAGUUCCAGCUGUAUCUUGGUCCGUGUGCCAACAGUUUGAUGCGUACAUUGGUUGCAGAACGUAUUGACGUUCAGUUCGCCGACGACAGCUACCAACUGUCUGUGGAGCACAGCCCGGAGCUGGAAAACACGGCUUUUUCGACCGUGACCAACGGCCUGGCAAACCUCGAUUUUUCCAGCAAACAGUCCAAGGUGCUGGAGUUUGAGCUGAGUCCCGAACGGAUCGGCAAGUUCAAAAUCGACGGCGUACGACUGACACUGGUCUCGGACAAGUUCAGGUUCGAGAACCAGCUGAAACUCGUCCAGAAUACCCCCGAUACUUUCAGAUGGUACAGACAAUCGGAACUGUUCAACAAGCGGUUCGAGAGCGAGAUCGUAGACGGCGCGCAGUUCGAGUUCGAGGUGAUCCCCAAACCACCCGAGGUGGAGGUGCGUGUUUCGCACGCGAGUAUCUGCUACCAGGGAGAAAUUGUUCCGAUCACGAUCCAUUUGAAGAACCUGGACGAGAGUUCUUUUGGUCUCAAACUGCAUGCGACGGGGAAUAUCAACACGAGCUCGUUGAAAGUCACUUGGAACGAGGAGCACGACCAUAACACCACAUACCGGUCGGCCAAGGCUCUGGAACCGCAGGAAUCGCUUGAUGUCCGGCUGUUUGCACACCUCCCGCUGCUGGACACGGCCGAGGGCGCCUUGAAGCUCGACUUGCAGGUGGAGUAUCUGAUCGACAACAACGAGAACACCGUUGUGCGCAAGUCCAAGAGUCUGCGGAUCCAGAUGGUGGACCUGUUCAAUCUGUCGUUCCAGAUCCAUCCGUCGAUGAAAACGCACAUUCCGUCGCCGUUCAACGUGGUGUCUGAUGACCUGUCUGCUGUUCCCGUGCACGAACGAGUUUGGCGGUCGCGGUUUGGCGUGGAAAACGUUUCUGCGGAGAACGUGACAAUCUCCAAUCUGAAGGUGGAGAUAGUUUCGUCCACGCCCGAGACCGAGGUCCAGACCACUGUGACGCAGUUCGACGUGGCUGCGCUCGCGUCCAGGCAGACCCAGGACGGCGUGUUCGAGUUCCUGUGUCGGUGUUUGAAGAACGCGUUCCGUCGGUCUGUGAGUUUGGAGAUCCACGUUUCUUUCGACUACAAAUUCGACGGCCGCACAGACAACAUCACCAACAGGUACCGCAAGCUUCUUUGGAAGGGCACGCUGCCACACAUGGACCCGCGCACGCUGGUGAACGUGGAACAGCACAACAAGCUGUUCAAGGUGUACUACGUGAUAGAAAACCCAACGUCGCGGAUAUUCCAGUUCAGCACAACGCUGGCAACAAGCGACAAGUUCAAGAUCCUCAACUAUAAGAACCAGAACAACUUCUCGGUGCUACCGUUCAUGAAACAGGUGCUGCGGAUGGAGUACGAGCUGUUAUCGGACGGAGACUGGGUCAAACUGCCAGAGUUUAAGAUCUACGACCUCAAUUACAAAGUGUAUUUGAACGGACAAGCAACUGUUCGCAAACUGCAAUCGCGUCAAGACGGAUUAUAUGUUCAAACCUGGAAAUCCUCUUGGACCGUAAGCCAAUGGACCUGGGAUCGUCAGAAUGGCCUUCUCGCCCAACGACAACUUGGCAAAGCCUUGUUCCCAACCAGCAAUCACCAUUCCUUGGCCGAUUCUGAACUGGAAAGGCUUGUUUCUGUCUCUGGAAGAGUCGAACUUCUUGCCGUUCUCCAAAGUUCCCGUGUAAUGGACGGUCACCAGGUCUCCUGGCUGUGGGUAGGUCUUGCCAUCUCCUGGCGCAAUGGUUUGGAUUUUCAAUUCAGACAUAAUAGGUGGCGAACUUAUAUUGGUACAAAUUUUGCAUCUAUUUUUUGCGCGCCGAUCGUCUCACGGACGGGGUCGAUGGAACAGAACUGGCUCCUCCACGCGGCUUGCCCCGAGCCCCCGGCGUGA